GUUGGGGACGCGCGUUACAGAAGCCGAGAGACACCGUGCGCACCCCGAAUUCUUGUUGCCCUGCAGCGGGCGGCUUAUCGGCAUUAGUUAGACCUCCUCACACUCGGUACCGGCAAACACCAACGGAAUGACGGAGCUGAGGCAGAGAGUGGGCCGGGAGCAGCCGCAGGAGGGGGAGGAUAAGUUACCUUAUGAUCCCCAGGAUCAAGAUCAGGAUCAGGAUCAAGAUCAGGAUCAAGAUCAGGAGCAGGGUGAGGCUGAAUCUGAAGUCAAAACAGAUGGAGAAACUGCAUCGGACAGCGAAAGCAAAACUGACACUGGCGGGACACAACAAGGCACCCCUACAGAUGAUACACCAGAGGUUCUCAAUAGAGCCCUGGCCAAUCUUUCAUCUAGGUGGAAGAACUGGUGGGUGAGAGGCAUCCUCACAUUGGCUAUGAUUAGCUUUUUCUUUAUCAUCAUCUACUUGGGACCUAUAGUGCUCAUGAUGAUUGUGAUGUGCGUGCAGAUCAAGUGUUUCCAGGAGAUCAUCAUGAUCGGUUACAAUGUCUACCAUUCCUAUGAUUUGCCCUGGUUCCGCACUCUCAGCUGGUAUUUUCUGCUGUGUGUCAAUUAUUUCUUCUAUGGAGAGACUGUAACAGACUAUUUUUUUACUCUGGUCCAGAGGGAGGAACCUCUAAGAAUUCUCAGCAAAUAUCAUCGUUUUAUUUCUUUUGCCCUAUAUUUGACAGGUUUCUGCAUGUUUGUUUUAAGCCUGGUGAAGAAGCAUUACCGCCUACAGUUUUACAUGUUUGGCUGGACACAUGUCACUCUUCUCAUCGUUGUUACUCAGUCGCACCUCAUCAUCCACAACUUAUUUGAGGGAAUGAUUUGGUUUAUUGUUCCAAUAUCCUGUGUGAUCUGUAAUGACAUCAUGGCCUACAUGUUUGGGUUCUUUUUUGGUCGGACGCCUCUUAUCAAGCUGUCACCCAAGAAGACAUGGGAAGGUUUUAUUGGAGGCUUCUUUUCCACUGUUGUCUUUGGAUUGUUGCUUUCUUACGUCAUGGCUGGCUACAGCUACUUUGUGUGUCCAGUGGAGUUUAACAAUGAAACAAACAGAUUCACAGUCGACUGUGAACCCUCAGAGCUGUUCCAACUCCAGGAGUAUCACAUACCUGCAAUGUUCCACUCUGUCAUUAGCUGGAAAACAGUCUGGAUGUACCCUUUCCAGAUACACAGCAUUGCGCUCUCUACCUUUGCCUCACUCAUUGGGCCGUUUGGUGGGUUCUUUGCCAGUGGAUUCAAGAGAGCUUUUAAGAUUAAAGACUUUGCCAACACCAUCCCAGGUCAUGGAGGUAUAAUGGACAGAUUUGACUGCCAGUAUCUGAUGGCUACAUUUGUAAACGUGUACAUUGCAAGCUUUAUCAGAGGCCCCAAUCCAAGUAAACUAAUCCAGCAGUUCCUAACUCUGCGCCCUGACCAACAAAUCCACAUCUUCAACACACUGAAGUCCCACUUAACGGAAAAUGGAAUCUUGGCAAAUGACAAUGGAGUAUAAGCCACUGGGUUCCACCAGAGACCUGCCAACUGGCAAAACUGGCAUUGCUGUACAAUGAUGCUGUAUUUUUGCUCCUUCUCAGAGAAGACUUAUUAACCCUUUUGCGGCUGGAGAGGGUUGGACAAAAAAAAAAAA